AUGCCUAAGAAGAAUAAGUUGAUUGUUCUUCGUGGCUUCAACGUCUGCGUCUAUUCUAGCCAUGCCAAGAAACUCAGCUUCUCCCAUCUCUGCUGCCUUCAUAGAAACCUAAAGCUGAGAUGGCAGAGCAGGAUCCCGGACACGGAAGUCCUGGAGCGGGUCGAAAAUCCCCAGAAUCAACGCCAUUCUGAGGCAACUGCUGCUGAGAGGGAGCGGCCAUCUAGUGAGAAUGGGCGACGCUUGCCUACCAAACAACUCUUCUGCGAAGAUGUCGCCACCGGUGCCCGUAAACCGGGAAAGCCAAAACGACGCUAUAAGGGCACUGACGAACUCAAUGAAGUGAUCUCAUGUCAACCCAGAGAUCUGGGAGAACCUAACCCAGAAAAAAACAACCCGGAGACGAGAAGUGAAGACUGA